GUAUACUCUUCCAAUAUCUUGAAUUUUUCUCUUCCAAUCUCGUCUUUACAAAAGUCAGAUAUUUAUGGAGUAUAUAAUUUAGUAGAGAUCACAAACCACAAGGAUGCAAGAGAAAAAAAAACAAUGGCAUCAAAGCCAACUCUGACAAAGCCAAAAUCCUUCACACUUCCUCUGAUAUUUCUCACCAUAUUCCUCCUCUACCUAACUCUAACUUGCGAAUUAAGACCAAAAAAUCGUGAAUUAACAAUCACCCACCUAGGAAAUUCAGCUUAUUUUAGACAAAAUGUUAUUAUGCCCAUGAAAUAUGUCAGUAGUACAAGACCUCAAUGGUUACAACUCUUGCAAGACAAAAUCAAGAGAAAAAGACUAAAUAUUGGCCUCGUCAAUUUUGAUGAUGUCUCGUUUUUCGACUACGUUGGAUUGCAUGGAACAGAAAAUAUGGAGACGUUCGACGUGAAAUUUCCUAAGGUUUCAGAUAAACUCAAAUGGAAAGACUUAUUUCCAGAAUGGAUUGAUGAAAACGAGGCAUCAGCCAAGCCUAAGUGCCCAGAAAUCCCAAUGCCAGUGUUCGAGGAGUACGAGGAAUUGGAUGCAGUGGUUGCAAAGGUUCCAUGUAAGCAUGUAGGGGUUGAUGGCUCUAGGGAUGUUUUUAGGUUACAAGUGAACCUAGUGGUGGCUAACUUGUUGGUAAGGAGUGGUGGUUGGAAUAAGAACCGGCGGGUUUACGCGGUGCUUAUCGGCGAUUGUGGGCCCAUGUGGGAGAUUUUCCGAUGUGAAGACAUGCUGUUGCAUGAAGAAAAUUUAUGGGUUUAUAAGCCUGAAUUAGAAAAGUUGAAGCAGAAAAUUCUUAUGCCUGUUGGUAGUUGCCAGCUUGCUCUUCCAUUUUCAGAACAAGGACAAGAAAUUCAAAAGAAUUAUUCGAUAUUUGUACCGGACAAAACGCUGUUCUACAAGCCAAGAGAGGCUUAUGUAACAGUUCUACAUUCCUCAGAAGCCUAUGUUUGUGGAGCAAUUGCAUUGGCACAAAGUAUUAUCCAAACCAACUCAACAAGAGACCUUGUCCUACUAGCAGAUGACUCAAUUUCUCCAAAAUCCCUUCAUGGUCUCAGAGCAGCAGGCUGGAAAAUCAAGAAAAUUAAAAGAAUAAGAAGCCCACAUGCUAAAAAGAAUGCGUAUAACGAAUGGAAUUACAGCAAGCUCAGAAUAUGGCAACUCAAAGACUACGAUAAAGUCGUAUUCAUCGAUUCAGAUUUCGUGGUUUUCAGGAACAUCGAUAAAUUCUUCUCGUAUCCAGAAUUAUCAGCUACUGGAAAUGAUGGAUACAUUUUCAAUUCGGGUGUUAUGAUCGUAGAACCAUCAAAAUGCAAGUUCCAAAAUUUAAUGAACAAAAGGUUUGAAGUAGGCUCAUAUAAUGGGGGCGAUCAAGGCUUUUUAAAUGAAAUGUUCGUGUGGUGGCAUAGGUGGCCUAGUAAAUUAAAUACUCUCAAGAUUUUUAGGAAUUCCCGGCAUCGCAACCUUCCUGAUGAUUCGUACACUGUACAUUAUUUGGGAUUGAAGCCAUGGACGUGUUACAAAGAUUAUGAUUGUAAUUGGGAUAAAGUUGAAUCUCAAGAAUUUGCGAGUGAUUCAGCUCAUGAGAGGUGGUGGAAAGUAUACAAAAAAAUGCCUAUGGCACUUAGGGAAUAUUGUGCAUUGACACCAGAAAUGGAUGCAAGGAUAAUAAAAUGGAGGAAAAAAGCCAAGAAAGCUAAUUUGUUAGAUGGACAUUGGAGGAUCCCAGUGAAAGAUUCAAGAAGACUUACCUAUUGAUGAUUAUUUAAUUAAUAUGACAGAGUUAAUUCAUAAUUAUUUCAUAUGCAUGCUUGCAAAAUUUUCAACUAAUUGAUAAUAGGAGUGCUCAUCCAUAAAAAGUGUUGUUAGACGAUAUAUUCGAUUUAGCGGCGGUUAGAAAGAAUAAUUUAUCAUUUAGUUAAUAAAUCAUUCUAUUAAAUACCUAUAUAUAGAAUAUGAGAUUAGAGAACAUUUUUUCCUUGAAUUAUUGUACUUGUAUGCA